GUAUGCUAGUCACACAGUCGUGUUACUUGAAGACAGAUGCAACUGUCCUGAUUAUCUAAUUAUAUAGUCGAAUAAAAAAUAAAACGAAAUCUAGUGACAUCUUUUCGCAUAUAUGUAUAUAAAAGUGCUUCAUUAUAAAUAUAGACACAAUAAUUCUUUACCUUAAAAGUGUUAACUAGCGGUAAACGAGCAUUGUGAAAUUAUUCGAAAAGUAAAUACAAAAUGGAUUAUUGUCUAGACAGAGUUUUAUCAGAGAACGUACAAACAAAUGCGGUCGUAGACUCCCGGAUGCUUCCCCCCUUGUAUGAAAUGGAUGAUUAUUUAGAAUGCACACAAGAUCCGUAUAAUAAAUACUGCAAUAUCGAAGCACAACUAGAUAGGUCUUCUCUAAGUGAAUAUUUAAAUGAAUUUAUUGAGAAUUCCGACAGAAAUCCAUGGACAUUUGAUAAGAGGGUACUGCACAGGGCCCUUUGUAUACCUAACCACAAAAACCAAAACUUACUUGAUAUUUACAGACACUCGUCUAUAGUUAUAAACGAGAAAAUAAAAUCGUACAAUAUAAGUGCUCAAAUUGAUACUGCAGUUUGUACCAAAGUUCACCCAGAGAUUAAUACAUACGAUGCGCUCUAUUUGGUAUUAGUGAUAUCGUAUGCGUUAUUUGUAACAUUUGGAACUAUAUACGGAAAGAAGUUUAGACAAGAAAAAGGUAUAAAAUUAAUUAUAUCCAAAUUGUCACUAAUUCAUACAUGGAAACAAAGAACCAAAAUACCAGACAACAUUGAUUACCAAAAGUUACUAAGUAUGCAGGGAAUCAGAUUAUUUUCAAUAUCACUGAUUGUUAUAAUUCAUCUUAUAUUAGGAUAUAACUUUUCAUAUAUUCUUAAUCCAGCUGAGUACGAAAAGAUUUUCUCAUUAAGUCUAAUACGGGCGGUAUCAUUUUUGGCGAUAUUUGUCGUACUAAACUUUUUCUUGAUAUCUUCCUGGUUAUUAUGCGUACAAGUCUACAAUAUAUUUGAAGAACAUGGAAAACUUUCAAUAGUUAAUAUAGGAAUACUUAUUGUAAAUAGAUAUUUUAGGUUAGUAUCAACAGUGGCGGUUAUUAUGCUCACCAUACCAACUAGCUGGAUGAUUCAAUUCACAGGGCCUUCAAACUUUGCUGCUAUUGUAGAAUCUCAACAGGCCUGUAAAGAUAAUUGGCUGUUUUCGCUAAUGCUUAUAAGCAAUUUUAAUUAUUUGUUUAAUAUUUGUAAUCCUGUUACCUGGUACAUAUCGGCUGACUUUCAACUUUAUGUAGCCAAUAUACUAGUCAUCUAUAUUUAUUUUAAAUUAAGAUUAAAUGGGCUGAAAUAUUACCUAUCCCUUUUACUAGGAGCUGUUUUACUGCAUGCUUUAUAUCUAUAUAAUUAUGGUGCUGAUAAUAUUUAUACCCCAUCAUUAAGAAAUCUGGAAAUGAGAAACUUUGGGAAAUCAUCUUCAAUUGUUGUAUCAUACAUGUCAACCAGCUCUAUUUGGCCUUCAAGUCUAAUUGGUAUUAUAAUGGCACAUAUUUAUUACGGUAUUAGGAACACUUACAUCCGAAAAUCAAAGAUAAUAAUUUAUUUAUGGUCGAUGGCAUUUUUCGGUCUUCCUGCUAUAGCCUUAUAUUUAAGUAGCAUCAUUCCAAAUGGGUAUGCCCCUAUAAUAUUGGGAUCAAUCGUAAGACCUUUAUAUACACUAGGAGUUGCUGUGGGAAUUUUAGGAAUGUCUCAAAAUAUUGGUGGUGCGCUACGAAAGUGGUUGAAGGCAAAAUAUGUAGUAUUUUUAAGUAAUUUUACUUACUGCGUAUACCUCACACAUUUUGGCAUCAUUAUAAUUUUAAAUAGGUAUACCUAUUCACCCCUCUACGUCAACUUCUUCAGAAUGGUACAAGAUGGAAUUAUAGUUUUAAUAUUAAGCUUUGUGUUUGGUAUUUUCGUAACUCUGGUGAUAGAGGAACCUGGAAUAAUGCUCCAAAAGGCAUAUUUACCUCAAAUAAGCAAAUGGCGAAAAAGUUCUCAUGAAGCUAAAAACACUGAGUUAAAAAAAUUAAAUAAAUAGUUAUCUUCCUAACUAGUGCGAAAAGUGAUACUUUCCGCACGAGUUGAUAUUUUUUCUAGGGCCGUACGUUUGGAAAAAACCACAAAAAAUAGAGUUAUAUAUCAAUUUUUAUUUAUGAGUGAAAAUUCACAAAUUAAUACGUUCUUUGACAAGGUUGUCAAAACCAAUCUUUCAAUAAAAUUGGUUACCAUGACGACGAAAUGGGUUUCCAUGACGACGAUUCAAAAUCAUUGUAAGUCUACUGAUUUGACUUUUGACUAUUAUGUCAAAAUCAUUUUAUUUCUAAUUGCAUAAGAGCUCUAAAAUUAUCGAAUUUUUUCCGAGUGACAGUUUUAAUUUCACGACCCGAAGGAGAGUGAAAUUAUGUCAAAGUGUCACGAGGGCAAAAAUUCGAUAAUAAUUUUAGAGAUCGAGUGCAAUUUGUUGCGAAUAUUUCAUGAAUAAAAUUGUUCAAAACCAAAA